AUGGAAGUCAGUCGUUCCCAAUUUAACCGCGUAAUCAUCGGAAAUAAAUCAGAUUUACCGAGGUUGCGUGGUUUUCUUGGAACUAUAUUCCAGGGCUGCGUUGUUUUGGGAAUACUCUCCAUGUAUUCAUUAGGGAUCUUCUUGUCUUGGGAUGUUUUGGCAUUUAUUGCAGUUUUAGUGCCUAUCUUCACUCUAAUAUUAGCUAUAUUCCUUCUCCCUGAUUCUCCAACCUGGUUGAUUAGUGAUGGAAGGAUUGAAUUUGCAACCGAGGUUACACUUUGGCUCAGGGAUCGGGAGUUGGUUCUGCAUGAAAUUGAAGAAUUGACAGAAACAUCUCUUAGAGCUGAUGAAUCCCCUUUUCCUUCUCCCCCCUCGUACUGUGAUGCAUCUAAGACAAAGCCAGUUAGCUUGAUAUUCCUAAUUAUGUUGAUAAACCAACUAUGCGGAAUCAGUGUUGUUGAAACGUUUUUCCAUGGUAUAUUCAACUGGAAUGAUACAGUUCUUCCUGCUUCUCUUUCUUCAUCUAUUGUCGGAGUUUGUAUGCUUGUGUCCACGCUUAUAGCAGGUAUAAAGAGGAGAUGGAUCUGUGUUGCUGCUGUAGAGAUUCUUUCUGAAGGACUGUUGUCGGAGAAGACAAGAGAGACAACCAUGAAAGGUCCCCAAGUCCAGCAGAUUAUGGGGGUUAAAAGCUCUACUUCUCAGCCCCAUCAGAGCACUUGUAGUUCUGCUGAAACUGGAACUCAUGAUGAUGAAAAGAACCUUUACGAGCCCCAUCAGAGCACAUGUAGUUCUGCUAAAACUGGAACUCUUGAUGAUGAACAGAACCUUUCUGAGGUUGAAAGUGAGAUUAGAGAGCUCGAUCAACAGGAGAAACAACAAGGACACAAGAGGUAA